GGGUUGGGCCGGGCCGGGCCGGGCCGCGGUAGGAAGGCGGGAGCGAGAGAGCGAGGCCGGAAGGAAGGAAAGCGAACGGAGCCCGCCAGGAUGAUCAAGCUUUUCUCGCUGAAGCAGCAGAAGAAGGAGGAGGAAUCGGCCGGCGGCACCAAAGGCUCCAGCAAGAAAGCCUCCGCCGCGCAGCUCCGCAUCCAGAAAGAUAUUAAUGAACUGAAUUUGCCGAAAACAUGUGAAAUAGACUUUUCAGACCAAGACGAUCUCCUCAACUUCAAGCUAGUUAUCUGCCCUGAUGAGGGCUUCUAUAAAGGCGGGAAGUUUGUUUUCAGUUUUAAGGUGGGGCAAGGCUACCCUCACGACCCACCCAAGGUGAAGUGUGAGACCAUGGUGUAUCACCCCAACAUAGACCUAGAAGGCAACGUCUGCCUAAAUAUACUCAGAGAGGACUGGAAGCCCGUACUAACAAUAAACUCUAUAAUUUAUGGCCUGCAGUAUCUCUUCUUGGAGCCAAACCCUGAAGACCCCCUGAACAAAGAGGCUGCCGAAGUCCUCCAGAACAACAGACGCCUGUUUGAGCAGAACGUCCAGCGCUCUAUGCGGGGCGGCUACAUUGGCUCCACUUACUUUGAGCGGUGCCUCAAAUAGAACUGACCGGCUCCGGGCACAAACAUGCCCUCCCCCUGCCCCUUCAUCUCCCUUCCAGCUCUCCUAAGGGACUCUGCCAACACUGCUGCCUUCAGCCACCAAGGGGGCACAGGAGUCAGGAAUUGGCAGGGCCCCCUUCCUUUCUUUUUCUCCCCCCCUCCUUCCAAGCCUGCUCGCCUUCUUACCACCCAUUGCCAGCCUGGGGCCUCAGCAGCCGCUGCCUCACCAAAUCCUCAUCUCUCUCUCUCCGCUCUCCCUACGUGCUGCUGUGGGGGGUGAGGGGUGAGGUUACUGCUGCUUCUCUGCCCCACCCAAUGUGUUGGGGUAGCCAUCUGCCCAACAGGGGCGAGUGGGACCCCAUGCUGGUGCCCAUCUGCCUUUGGAGGGGUGCUGUGGUUUUGCUGCUAAGAACAGAAAGACACCCCCCCCGUGCUCUGGUGCCCCCUGCCUGCCAUGCAGUGCAACUGCCCCGCACAAUCUGUGGGCCACUUGCCUCUCCUUUCCUCCUCCCCUGCUGGGCACCAAGGCUUCGGAGCGUAACUAUUUAUUACAUGGGGGAGGGGGAGGCUCUCGAGGGGCCGGAUGAGUCUGGAAGGCUGGGGAGGGGUGCUCAGCCCCCUCCCCUCUGCUCCAGGCACUGGGGCUUCGGGGAGGGCUGGGUCAGUCCUGGGAUAUUCCUUUUAGAAUCAACUCACUUGUGUGUCUGGUUUUUAAGGAAAAAAACAAUAAAAAAAAACCACCAACCAAACCAACCAGUGCUAAUAAUAGUAGUAAUAAAAGAUGUUAACUGGGGCAGUGCCGUGUCCACCAGGGCCUGCCCAGCAACAAACUCGCUGCCUCUCCAGUGACGUCUGCGAGGCCCUGGCCAAAUAAAGCCACUGUACUUCUAGUGUGUUGGGUUAUUAAAGGGGAAUGUUAAGC